AUGAAACUGACACACUUUCGAGAAGCAUUCGACCUCGCUGCCCUUGUCUUCACCAUGAGAAAGGACGCGGCCAGGCGAUGCGCUGCUGGAGAGGAAAAUGAUUGUCAGUCUAUGCAAAACUUGGAAAUGCUCGGUCUGGCGGAACCAAACCCGAUGCCACAGAUCGGCUCCUUUCACCUUUCUUCCUCCUGCUUUGAGGUGGGUGAUGGAGAAGGGGAUCGGCUCGGGAUCAGAGGACGUUACAAGCGUAUAAGCCGACCAUAUGGUAGUCCACUGACUCGUGUGACGCCCACAAAACAAGGAGAUUUGGCAUCAAUGCAUCGUUUACCGGUGUUUACGGAGACUGGCAUGCAUAAUAAGGCUUUUGCGGCGGCGGGUGCCAAGGCUAGGAUUUUCGACCUUAUCAAAAACUUGUUCGGCAGUGGAUCGGACAUAACCGAUGCAGACAACUUCGAAGGCGGCAACCAAGGAUCGUACUUCGACUUUAUGUACCCGUUAAGCACGGACUAUCCGUGGGCAUGUGUAUGCGAUGAAGGUCAGUACGUUCAAUGGGAAGCAAACGAAAUUCAAGCUGUUCCUUGCCGUAACCAGGUAGACAUGUCAGCCCAAGGAAUCACAGCGGCCUGCAAUCCAUCUUUGCAUAAAAUGAAUCACGCCGCGAUGACCACCAAAGGGUGGCAGUCAGCAGUGUGUUCCGUCAUCUCAAUCUCAGUUGGCUUCUGGUUCGUCUGA